AUGUGGAUGCUUCUAGUUCGUGUUGAAGCUCUAUAUUCGCUAUUUCCGGUUUCCGGAAAUGAAUCGUCCGGCGACUUUCCGGUGAGUUCGUACGCUUCACAUGCACGAUCACACUUGCAGACUUCAACAUGGAUUUACUUCAAGGUUUUGGCGCUAUGGAGUUUGUUUCGUAAUAUUGGCUUUAGCUUACUUUCACCACAACGGCUUUACUAUUUGCUGCGCUUCAUGUCACAAAAAAAGAAAGGAGGUGAAGAAGUGGUUGUUAAGACAAGAAAACCAUAUACAAUAACAAAACAAAGAGAACGAUGGACAGAAGAUGAACAUAAUAGAUUUCUAGAAGCCCUGAAGCUAUAUGGGCGAGCAUGGCAGCGCAUAGAAGAGCAUAUAGGAACAAAAACUGCUGUGCAAAUCAGGAGUCAUGCGCAAAAAUUCUUUUCAAAGUUGGAGAAGGAAGCUAUUGUAAAAGGUUCUGCAUUAGGACAAGCUUUUGACUUAGACAUACCGCCUCCCCGGCCCAAAAGAAAACCAAGCAAUCCUUAUCCUCGCAAGACCAAUGUUGGCACCCCAACAUCACAUAGUGGAGCAAAGUAUGGAAAACCACUUAUUGCAGUUGCAUCUUCACAUGGUAAACAAGCAAUGGAUUUUGAGAGAGAAUCACUUCCAGAGAAGCAUCAAGAUGAAGAAAGGCCAAUAACUGUGAAACAAAAUAAUGAUGAAAAUUGCUCAAAAGUAUUUACAAUCCUCAAGGAGGCACCCUGUUCAUCUGUAUCUUCAGCAAUCAAGAGUUCAGUCUCAAUGUCAGUCCCACAAAUAAAUUGCUGCGUCUUAAGGGAGUUUACACCUUCAGUGAAAAAUGUAAUGACUCAAAAUGAAACAAAUGAAUCUUUUCCUACUACAGAGAUUGAAAAUCAGAUGCUGGAGUCAGAUGAUGGAAAAUGCACACAAAAAACUGAUGGCACUUGUAAAACCUCUAAAUUGGAGAGUUCUACUCCUAAACCGGUUCAAGCUCAGAAAUCAGAUGAUCUUACUUCUGCAUUAACAACAGAUGAGAUGCAAAGUAAUCACAAUUACCCAAGACAUAUCACUGUGCAUGUUGUUGAUGGGAACCUUGGAACUAGUACUCAAACUCCAUCACAAGAUAUAUUGGUUCAAGACUUCACAUUUCAGCCAAUAGGGGGAGUUAAUGGGAAACCUAAUCUUUUCACAAAUUCAGCUGCAUCAAACAAAAGUGAUAGUCAAAAUAACAUGGCACAGUCAUCUAUUCAUCAAUCAUUUCCUCCUUGUCCUCCCUUUUCACAACUUAAUCAUGAUGAUUACCAAUCCUUUCUCAACAUGUCUUCUACAUUUUCAAGUCUUAUUGUCUCUACCUUGCUGCAACACCCUGCAGCCCAUGCUGCAGCAAGUUUUGCUGCUACAUUUUGGCCCUAUGCAAAUGUAGAAUCUUCAGCUGAUUCUCCAGCUUGUUCUCAAGGAGGUUUUCCAUCUAGACAAAUUGGCUCACCUCCUAGUGUAGCAGCUAUUGCUGCUGCUACGGUAGCUGCUGCAACUGCAUGGUGGACAGCUCACGGACUGCUUCCUUUGUGCGCUCCACUCCCUACAACUUUUGCCUGUCCUCCUGCAUCAGCAACUGUUGUUCCAUCAAUGAAUAUCAGCGAAGUUCCACCUAAGACAGAACAAGGAGAUAUUACACUACAAAAUCCUCCUCUGCAAGAUCAUAAACUAGAUCCAGAAGACUCAGAAGCUUUGCAAGCUCAACAUUCAGCUUCUAAGUCACCAGCUGUUUCUUCAUCUGAAUCAGAGGAGAGUGGAGAUGCUAAGUUAAAUACUUCAUCAAAGGCCAUUAUUAAUCUUGAUAUAAACCAACCAAUUUCUGAGAACCUUAAUUCGAACCAAACGGAGGGCAGGAAACUGGUAGACCUGUCUUCUUGUGGUUCCAACACAACCUCUGGCAGUGAAGAGACUGAUGCGCUAGAGAAGGAUGGGAAAGAAAAGGAAGACCCCAAAACACCUGAUGCAGACCAUUUAGCUAUUGAUCCUAGUAGUCGCCGAUAUAGAAGCAUUAGCAACAUUCUUGAUUCUUGGAAGGAGGUGUCUGAAGAGGGACGACUUGCCUUUCGGGCUCUAUUCUCCAGAGAGGUGUUGCCCCAAAGCUUUUCACCUCCUCCUGAUUUGAUAAAUAAAGAUCAUCAGAUAGACAACAUUAAGGAUAAUGUGCAAAACACACACAAUCAAGAUCACCUUGACAGCAAGAAAUGCAGUUCUAGUUGUGACCGGUUGCAGCAAAACCUACCAUUUGUACAAAAUAACAGUGAGGAGGAGGGACUGCUAACCUUAGGUCUUGGACAAGGUAAACUUAAGACUCGUCGAACAGGGUUUAAACCUUACAAAAGAUGUUUAGUAGAAGCGAAGGAAAGCAGAAUUGGAACGGCCUGUAAUCAAGUUGAAGAGACAGGUCCCAAGAGGAUACGCCUGGAACAGGGGAGUUCUACUUGA